GAUGAUUCUACCUUUUAUGGUGAUGGAGUAAUGGUAGACCUGCCUGACAGCCUUGAACAAUUCAGGAUGAACCUGACAGAGCUUCUAGUGGAUGUUUGUCAGCUUUUAGGUUCUACAGCAUUUAUCCAGAAGAUCUUCCUUGGAGGUUGGACCAGUAACAGCUUACAUAUUCCUUGGAAGGAGGUGGAAGCCAAAAUGUUUGCACUUAAUGCGAUAGCUGAAGUUAAUAUCACGGAAGCCCAAGAGAUUGAUUUCUCUUUUGUUAUUCACUUGGUCACAAUUUUAUCUAGUAGGCCACGUGACGAUGCUAAGGGCUUCAUGAGACUUGUAUACAAAUCAGCUGCAGAGGUUGUUGCUUCGUAUUCAAAGUGGAUAUCUUCUUGUCAAACUAAUACCAGAUCUUUGCUAUUAUUUCUUGCAACGGGCAUCUCAGAACCUUUAUGUUCGGCUGCUUGUGCCAGUGCUUUGCUCAAGUUAUGUGAAGAUGCCACUGCACCUAUGCAUGAGCAUUCAAGUUUGGAGAUCUUACUUUGGAUUGCAGAGAGUUUGGAUGAGAGGCAUUUGCCUCUAGAGGAUGAAGAAAAAGUAGUCAGCGCGAUCGCUUUAUUACUUGGUUCCCUACCUAACAAGGAGCUGAAGAAUAAUUUGUUAGCUAGAUUGGUCUCCCCUUGCUAUGAAGCUAUUGGCAAACUAAUUGAUGAAAAUCAAGACCACUCUUUAAGGCAUAAUCCUGCUUCUUAUUCUCAGUUUGUGAAUGGCGCAAGAAGGGGUUUACAUAGGUUGGGAACUGUAUUCAGCCAUCUGGUAACAGAGUCUUCUACUGGUUCGGAUUUGGAUGAUCCUCUUAUUCCGCUUCUAGGAGUGUUCUGGCAAAUGUUAGAAAAACUUUUUCAGUCGGAACACAUUGGAAAUGCUGUUCUAUCUAUGGCAGCAUGCAGAGCUCUUUCGCAAGCAAUUCAGUCAUCGGGUACUUCUUUUCUGAUUUUUUUUUUUUUUUUCUUUAAAACCUUUGAUACAACAAACAAUAAUAUACCCAGUAUAAUCCCACAUAGUAGGGUCUAGGGAGGGU